AUGACGUGCGGGGGAUGGGAGUACCGGCGAGAAGCCAUGUCAGGAGUCGUAUUGCUGCGAGAUUUUGGAUACGGUAUCCCCAAGGACCUGCGGGUUACCUUCGCCGAUAAGCUGCCGGAGGAAGCACUGUGUAUUCAGUGUGACAACGUGUCGGCCCGAUUGUACAGAGAUGCCUGUGGCCACGGCUACUGCACUUCCUGCCGUGCCAUGUGCGAGCGAGACGGAUUCUUCGAGUGCGCUACUUGUCGAAAGAAAUACAAAGCUUGGGAGCUUACUCUAGAUUGCUCUGCACCAGACACAAUAAAGAAAGCGAAAAUCAUCUGUCCCAAGACCAGCCCAGAUAAACCUGUGCUCAUUACCUUCAGCGCCCUCAAGGCCCACCUCAAGUCCUGCGUCUGCAGUGUUGCUAAGGAAGUUACAGAGUCCGAUAUGCAGUCUCCUGGCUUGGCUAUGCUACCACGUCUGCCAGAAAAGCAGGAAAGCGCCGUUUACCCUCCCGGGAGGCAAGAAGAAAACAUGGGUUCCAAGAUGUGCGUGUGCUGCCACUGCGAACAGACGAUACCUAAGAAACUAAUCCGAGACCAUAUGACUGACUGUCAGAAAAAGAUGUCUGAGAGCCUACAUUACGAGGACGCACUCAAUGAGCGAGGAACUUGCGAGGGUUUCAAACAUACGCGACAUGACAGUUCCAGUGACCUCUCCGCAAGUCUUCCGGUGGAAAAAUCACGUUCACAUCAGGUUUUCAUGACAGGUGCAGCAAACGAGUUAACUGCGGAGCACGCCGGUUCUUUGAAUGGCGGCAUGUGCACUACCAGGAAGGAGCCCCCUGUCUCGCCUGCCGACCCCUCCGAUCUGCCACGACUGCUGAAAGUGGCCCUCUCGAAGAUGUGCGACUUGGAACAGGAAGUAACAGAGAAAUCUGAACAGUUCCGCAACGGAGCUUAG